UUUUAGUGAAAAUUAAUUUAAACAAUUGUUUUGUUCAUUUUUCGUACGAAAUAAAAUUAAAGAAAAAAAGAAGCAAACCGAAGAAAGCUUUAGAGGCGCAAUUGGAAAACAAUAAAAUUGCUGAUUGUUCACUGCUUGGUCAAAUUUGUGGAAUUGUGAAAUAGACAAUGGAUUGUGGGCUAAUAAGUCUCUUCGAUCCAAAUGAGGAGCAUAACGAUGUGGACCAAAAAAAUAAUAACCAUUCAGUUCGUAUGAAAGAAGUAAAAAUACGAAAGUCGUCUGUAAAGACUGUAAAAACAAAUGGAGGUACGCACAAAAGGAACAGCGAGAGUGGGAGCAGCAGCGAAGGGGAAAUUGAUGGACAAAAUAAUAAAAUCCUUAUAGACUUUGAUCGCGGGGUUUUGCCACCUGAACCACAAUUGGGAAAUAUUGAAUAUAAACUGAAACUAAUUAACCCAUCCAAACAUCGAUUUGAACACUUGGUUACCCAAAUGAAAUGGAGGCUUCGUGAAGGGAAUGGUGAAGCUGUUUAUGAGAUAGGGGUAUCUGAUUCAGGGCAUUUGCAUGGGCUUGUUGAAAAGGACAUGAAUGCCUCGUUGGCCACACUAAAACAGAUGGCUCAAAAACUAGGUGCAAGUACAUCAGUAUUACGGCGAAAAUAUGUUGCAACACGACGGUCAGUUGCCGAAGUUUUGGUACGAAAAAUACCAGAUGACCAACACAAUAUAGAAAUACGAGUGGCCGUACUGGGAGGCGCCGAGGCUGGAAAAUCCACACUGCUGGGUGUUUUAACUCAGGGUGAGUUUGAUAAUGGUCGUGGCUUAGCACGUCUUAUCAUGUUUAGGCAUAUGCACGAAAUACAAUCUGGCCGUACUUCAAGUAUAUCACACGAGACUCUAGGGUUUGAUGCACAGGGCACAAUCAUCAACUACAAAUACAAUGAGAUGAUGACUGCGGAGGAGAUAAGCGACCGUUCCACAAAAUUGGUAACAUUUCUAGAUCUGGCGGGCCAUAGGCGUUACAUGCGUACAACAGUACAGGCGUUGCUAGGCUACUCGCCUCACUAUGCAAUGCUCGUGGUGUCAGCUGGCAGCGGUUGUACUGGUACCAGCAAAGAACACCUAUCCAUAGUGCUCGCCUUGGAUAUGCCUUUUUUCAUAGUGAUUACCAAAACGGAUAUUACAAGCCCGGAUCAAACCGUGCAGGAAUUACGCCAAGUUCUUAUAUCUGUAGGAUGUCGAAAGAUACCGUUUAUUGUCACAAAUUCAGACGAGGCUAUUUCAGCAGCAUCAAAUCAAUUAUCCGAGAAAAUCGUCCCCAUAUUUUGCGUUUCAAAUGUAACUGGCGCAGGACUAAGCCUUGUGACAAAGUUUCUUUAUGUUCUCUCACCAAGUAUAAGUAAUCUUGAAAAGGAACGAUUGGAACAAGAACAAUGCGAAUUUCACAUAGACGAAAUUUUUCGCGUUACCGAAGUUGGUCCUGUAGUUGGAGGUUUGCUGGUAAAAGGGAUACUAACAGAAAAUAUGCAAAUGAAAAUAGGACCCCUUCAAGAUGGAAGCUUCCAUUCUGUUAGUGUGCACACCAUACACCGCAACAAAGCUCCAUGUCGAGUAGUACGAGCUGGACAGAGUGCUUCUUUAUCAUUCAUCCCAAAUCAGACACUUCCGCUUCUUCGCAGUGGUAUGACCUUACUUGGCGAUAUCGGUGAACCUGAUGAGGAACCGUACGGUACACUUCUCUUCCAGGCAGAAGUAUCUGUGCUGUUUCACGCAACAGCAAUUUACGUAGGAUUUCAGACCACCAUACAUAUCGGCAGUAUUCGACAAACUGCAAUUAUAAGAGCAAUAGAGGAGCGGGAAAAGAUGGGCACUAAUGACAGCGCAUUAGUCUUGUUUGAAUUCGUGGGACAUCCGGAGUAUGUGAGACCCGGUGUGCGCAUGUUAUUUCGCGAAGGCUCAAGCAAGGGCAUUGGUGUGGUCACAAAAGUAUUUCCUCUCAACAAAUCUGACCUAUAAUUUUGUAACUAUAUACAAACAUACAUACAUAUGUAAAUAUUAAACUAAAACUUGACUAAAAACUUGAAACUAUAGAUACCAUAUAUAAAACUCCUUUACUCGUAUGUAUGAAAAUGAAACAUUUUUAUAAUUCAAUUAUAUUGUAAUGUGAAAUUAGUUUUUCGCUAAUUCAAAUAGGAAUAUCAGUACUAGUCAAAUAUGAUUUGCUCGUAUAUUCUGAAUUAAAUUCGUGUACAUAUAUGUAAAAAUGUUUCUGUGAUUCAUUUCUAAAAGAGAUUUAAAUAAAAUUAAAAAAAAAUGGACCACGUA